ACCGGAGUGAAAGCCAGGUGGGUUUGACCGCAGGUGCUGGGCAUUUGGGUCUGGAUUGCAAGGAUUGUGGUUGCGAACGCUUCCGUCGGCCGUGGUAAUCUGGCUGGAACGAAGCGUAAGAUUAUGUAGUCCAUAGAGAGUCAGUCAGUCUUAAGUUAAGUAGGGGGACGUCUAAGUGGUGAGGAGUGGAACCGUUACUUGGUUGUGCAUCUAUCACCAUGGUUGACACGCGUACCGGAAAGAGCACCUCCCCUUACACAGCUGAAGAGGAGGCAAAGGCCGCCGCCAUCCUCAAAGAGAGAAGAGAGAAGAAGGAAGUCAAGAAAAAAACCUUGAUCGAGGAACAGGUGGCGAAGUUGAGAAAGAUUGAGGAGGAGAUGGCCAGAGAGACGGAGAGGCUAAAGAAAGAAGAGGAAGAGAAGUUAAAGGCGGUGGACGAGGAGGAUGAACAGGAGGUACCACUGGAAAGAAGAAGAAGGGAGCAAAGAAGGGAAUCCAGUGGUACACAAACUGAUCAGUUGGAGAAGAAGAUUUCAGAGUGGGUGGCCAAUUUGUCCCUAGGAGAAGAUGAGGAAGCAAUAAUGUAUGUGCCCAGGGAAGAACAGGAGGCGGCUAUGAAGGAGUGGGAGGCAGAAGAGGACCCACUCAAGCCACAGGUCAUAGAAGAUGAUAAGAGGAUGGAGUGGAAGUUCCACCUAACAAGAGAAAGGAAAGCGAGAAUGGAAGCAGUGAGUCAGGCGGCAAAAGAGUUGGAGGAGGUGAAAAAGCAGAGAGAGGAGUUUGCACGGGAAUUAGUGGGCGCGGUGGGCUUAGAGGUAAAAACCCGCCUGGAGAAUACGGAGCGUUUUUGCACAGGCGCCAUAGAAGGCGCCAGGGUGGCUGUGCCCAAGGGGGAAGAAGUACGCCCUCGUAGAGAGCCUGUCAAAGUCAAGUUUCCCGAUUCCUACAGUGGGAAGAGGGAGGAGAACUUUGACAACUGGGAGGCCAAUGUCAAAACCUAUGUGCACUUGCAAAUGGUCUCUCCAGAUGAGCACGUUUUAAUAGCCAUCCACGCCCUGAAAGAGGAAGCCGCCAAUUUUGCCCGUUCCCUGGUCCGUGCCGCAAAUUGCAACGACGAUUUGGUUGCUUAUUCUGCCUUCACUCCCCUUAGCGACUUUCUUAAGUUGCUGAGAGAACGGUUUGCAGACGUGACCCGUAGUGUCAAGGCGUCUGAUAAACUGCAAUCCAUCCACUCCCGCUUGUGGAAGAGUGCUAGGGCCCUUAAGGGGGUAAUGGAUGAGUUAGUUGCCGUCCCUGACCAUGGGGUCACUGAGACCCAACUGGUCAAUCUCUUCUACCACGCUAUGCCCGAACAGUUGCACGGACACUUCUUUGAAAAGAGUCAGCAACCUACCAUGACCUACGACGCUUUGAGCAGGGAAGUGGUAGCGUUUGAGGCAAAGUCCGCGUCGGUUUCCACUUUCUGGGACAAGGACCUGGACAAGGGAAAAAAGUGGAAGGGUCACACUAUCUCUGGACAGGUUAAGACCAAGGAUCGUUUGAUCCUUACGUUAGAUGAGGGUAGUGUCGACGAGGUCCCCUACGAGCAGAUAGAGUGCGGCCUAGAUGCGGAGCAAGAAGACAGUGGCACCAGUCAAAGGAGGACUUACGCUGUUGUCGUGGCCGGAGGGAGGCCGCAAGGWAGAGGAGGAGGCCAGGGCCAAGGGGGUCGGGCCUCAGGUGGCCGUUCCCAGGGCGAUCAGAGGGUUGGCGGUAGAGGAGGAAAUCGCCAAGCGGGAGGAAGGGGUCAAGGUCCCCCGCAAAACCGUUCUGGUAACCGUUCACCUAAUAGGGGUGUAGAUAACACCCUGGCACAUUGUUGUCUUAGUGCUCCUGCGUUUGCUCGAUUGGUGAAAAAGGAGAAAUUAGAGGAACAGGUCUUCGUAGUUUACGUCAGGCCUGUUAGUGAGCCUAAGGAAGAGAAACCCAUUGACCCAGCUAUUGCCAAGCUGUUGGAAGAGUUUAAGGACCUAGCAAAGCCGCCGACAGGAGUAGUGUCGCGGCCGAUCCAGCAUCGCAUAGAGAUAGAGCCUGGCAGUAGAACUCCCAAAGGAGCAGUGUACAGGAUGUCCCCGCGGGAGUUGGAGGAGUUGCGGAAGCAACUAGACGAGCUUCUAGAGAAGGGUUGGAUUAGGCCCAGUUCGUCUCCAUUUGGAGCACCAGUUUUGUUUGUCCCCAAGAAGGAGGGAGAGCUUAGAAUGUGUAUUGACUAUAGGGGUCUCAAUGCCAUUACAGGGAAGAAUGCAGAGUCGUUGCCCCGUAUAGAUGAUCUUUUAGACCGGGUGCAGGGAUGCAAAUAUUUCUCGAGCAUGGAUUUGAAGUUCGAAUAUCAUCAGAUAGAGGUCCACCCUGAUGAUCAGUACAAGACAAUUUUUCGGACUAGAUAUGGGCAUUACGAGUUUAUAGUGAUGCCCUUUGGACUAACCAAUGCACCAUCGACUUUUCAGCAUUGUAUGAACGACUUGUUCAGGCUGUGCUUAGAUAGGUUUGUAGUAGUUUACCUAAACGAUAUUCUAAUAUUUAGUAAGACCCUCCAAGAGCAUCAGGGUCAUCUGAGGCAGGUCUUGGAGAAGCUCAGAGAAGCUAACUUCAAGAUCAAUGCGGAGAAGUGUGAGUGGGCGAAGACCCAAGUAUUAUAUCUAGGCCAUGUCUUAGACGGAAACGACAUCAAACCCGAAGACAGCAAGAUCGCAACGAUUAGAGAUUGGCCUACACCCCGCACGUUGACAGAAUUGCAGUCGUUCCUAGGCCUAGCCAACUACUAUAGGAAGUUCGUGAGGAACUUCUCCACCAUCGCUGCACCCCUUUGCAGAUUGUUGAAGAAAGAAGCGAUCUAGAAGGGGGACAAGGACUGCACGUUUGCCUUGAAGAAGGUGGCGUUAAUAGAGUAUCCGAUCCUUAAGGUAGCCGAUCCGUCCUUACCUUUCGUCAUCACGACUGACGCGAGCCAGUACGGCAUAGGUGUUGUAUUACAGCAAGACGAUGGUCAUGGAUAUAGCCUAUAGAGUUCAUGUCUGCUAGGAUGCCUUCAGAGAAGGUAGCGACAUCUACCUAUGAGAGGGAACUCUACGCUCUCACGCAAACUCUAGAACAUUGGAAGCACUACUUGCUUGGGAGGCACUUUAAAGUCUACUCAGACCAUGAGACGUU